AUUUAAUUGGCAAAAGAAGAGGCAAAGAUGCUUCCAGUCUUUGGCAAUAAGAGCCAGAAAAUAAAGGGCACAGUGGUGUUGUUGCCCAAAAGUGCUCUUGACUUCAACGCCGUCACUUCAAUUGGUAGUGGCGGUGUUGGUGACGCUGCUGACAAUGCUACUGCUUUCAUAGGAAACAGCGUUUCCAUGAAGUUGAUCAGUGCUACCAAAGCAGAUUCAAAUGGAAAUGGGAUAGUUGGAAAAGAAGCGUAUUUGGAGAAACACCUUCCGACGUCGCCAAAGUUGGGAGCAAGACAGGAAUACAGUGUUUAUUUUGAAUGGCAUGCUGAUUUUGGAAUUCCAGGAGCAUUUUACAUUAAGAAUUAUAUGACCGAUGAGUUCUUCCUCGUCAGUGUCACUCUUGACGACAUUCCAAACCAUGAAACCAUUCAAUUUGUUUGUAAAUCAUGGAUUUACAACUAUAAUUAUUACAACAAGGAUCGCAUCUUCUUCGACAAUAACACAUAUCUUCCAAGUGAAACACCAUCUCCUUUAGUUAAGUACAAGGAAGAAGAGUUGCAAAAUUUAAGAGGAGAUGGGACUGGAAAGCGCAAGGAAUAUGAAAGGAUCUAUGAUUAUGCUCUGUAUAACGAUUUGGGCGAUCCAGAUAAUGGUAAUGCUCGCCCAAUCCUUGGAGGGUCUAGCACUCAUCCUUACCCUCGCAGGGUUAGAACCGGUAGAGAACCCACAAAGACAGAUCCUAACAGUGAGCAACGUGGCGAGAUUUAUGUUCCAAGAGAUGAAAAUUUGGGUCACUUCAACCCAUCAGAUUUUCUCACCUAUGGAAUAAAAUCUUUAUCAGAGGACAUCCUACCUAUGAUCCAAUCUGUGAAUUUUGACUUAGACUCAUCCAAUGAGUUUCGUAGCUUCGAUGAAGUGUAUCAACUCUAUGAAGAUGGAAUUAAGCUGUCAACAAAUAGAAUUAGCCAAAUUAGCUCAUUACCAGUCCUCAGCGAAAUCUUCAGCACUGAUGGUGAAAAUGCCAAAUUUCCACUACCCCAUGUAAUCAGAGUUAGCAAGUCUGCUUGGAUGACUGAUGAUGAAUUUGCGAGGGAGAUGGUUGCUGGCUUAAAUCCUUGUGUAAUUCGCCGUCUUCAAGAGUUCCCCCCACGAAGCACUCUAGAUCCCACACUCUACGGUGAUCAAACUAGCACAAUAACAAAAGAACAGUUGGAGAUUAAUAUGGGUGGGGUCACGGUGGAUCAGGCAAUUGGUAGUUUGAGAUUAUUCAUAUUAGAUUACCAAGAUGCAUUCAUGCCAUUUUUGACGGACAUCAACAAACUACCUUCUACAAAGGCUUAUGCCACAAGGACAAUCUUCUUCUUGAAAGAGGAUGGGACUUUGAAACCACUUGCUAUCGAAUUAAGUAAGCCACAUCCAAAUGGAGUUCAAUUUGGUGCUGAGAGUAUAGUGGUGUUGCCUGCUAACGAGGGUGAUAAAAGAACAAUUUGGCUAUUAGCUAAGGCUCAUGUUAUUGUAAAUGACUCUGGCUAUCAUCAGCUCAUGAGCCAUUGGUUAAAGACUCAUGCAGUGAUGGAGCCAUUUGUCAUAGCAACACAUAGGAAUCUCAGUGUACUUCACCCUAUUUAUAAGCUUCUAUUUCCUCACUGUCGAGGCACCAUAAGUAUCAAUGCCCGCGCUAGGGCAUCACUGAUUAAUGCAGGUGGCGUUAUAGAAGCAACAUUUUUUUCUGGACCGACCUCUAUGGAGAUGUCUUCGGCUGUUUACAAGGAUUGGGUUUUCACUGACCAAGCAUUACCAGCUGAUCUUAUCAAGAGAGGAUUGGCAGUUGAGGAUCCCACUGCCCCACAUGGCCUUCGUCUUUUAAUUGAAGACUACCCUUAUGCUGUUGAUGGACUUGAAAUAUGGGAUGCUAUUAAGACAUGGGUCAAAGAAUAUGUCUCCUUGUAUUACCCUUCAGAUGUAGCAGUUCAACAGGAUACGGAGCUGCAAGCUUGGUGGAAAGAAGCUGUAGAAAAGGGUCAUGCAGACUUGAAAGAUAAGCCAUGGUGGCCUAGGAUGCAAACUCUUGAAGACCUUAUUCGUUCCUGUUCUAUAAUUAUAUGGACUGGUUCAGCUCUCCAUGCAGCUGUUAAUUUUGGACAAUAUCCAUAUGGAGGGUUAAUCUUGAACCGUCCAACUAUGAGCAGAAGAUUUAUCCCAGAACCAGGAACUGAAGAAUAUGAUGAGACGGUGAAGUGUUAUGAAACGGCUUAUCUGAGAACAAUCACACCAAAGGACAAAACCAUUAUUGAGAUGACAAUGAUAGAGAUGUUGUCAGCGCAUGCUUCUGAUGAGGUAUUCCUUGGGUGUACUAACACAGUUAUUUGGAAAUCUGGUUCAAAGGCGAUCCAAGUCUUUGAAAACUUUGGAACUAAACUGACAGAAAUAGAGGGAAAAAUCACAGGAAGGAACAAUGAUCCAAGUUUGAGAAAUCGUUUUGGACCAAUUCAGUUGCCUUACACAUUGCUCUUUCGUUCUAGCGAGCCAGGAAUUACUUUCCAAGGAAUUCCCAACAGUAUCUCUAUCUAAAAAGAGUGUUUGGUUUCCUUUUCUAUUUUACUUUCCAAUAACAGAUGUUGCAUUGCAUGGCGUAUUCGGAUGAUGCACGUCUAUGUGUAUGUUUUCUCCAUGUAUCUCUAUUCCUGUAUUUGGAUGCUCUCAGUUUGGAUAUAAUAAAUGCACGUUUGAAAA